GGGGCGCCGCUUCCGGUGCGCGGCGGCCAUGGAGGAGGCGCAGCGGCGGGCGCUGCGGCGGGGGCGGGCGCGGCUGGUGGCGGCGCUGCGGGUGGCGCCGCUCUGGGAGCCGCUGGAGCGGCGCGGCCUCUUCACCCGGCCCAUGGUGGAGGAGAUGCAGAGUGCUGGCAGCCGAGGAGACCAAGCCCGGCAGCUGGUCAUCGACCUGGAGACUCGAGGGAAACGGGCUUUUCCUCUGUUCCUCUCCAUCCUGCGGGACACCGGGCAGGGCGACCUUGCGGACAUGCUGAUGCAGGAGUGUGGGCACCUUCCAGCACCACCACAGCUGGGGGACCUGAGGCCAGUCGAGCUGGACCUGCGUGGAGAAAAAUAUAAUAAAAAUGUGAGCUUCCCUGGACGUCUGUCUGUCCCAAUCCAAGCUGAAAGUGAAAGACCUCAAAUGCCUCCCAUGCCAGCCCAGGGUUCAGCUGUUGACAAGAGGAACCGUGACCUGGUUUAUGAGCUGAAAUCGGACCCGUGUGGCCGCUGCCUGAUCCUCAACAACGUCAACUUCAGUAGAGACUCGGAUCUGUCGACCCGAGAUGGCUCUGACGUGGACUGCGAGAAGCUGGAGAAGCGUUUCAAGGCUUUGAGCUUUGACGUCCUGACUCGGCGGGAUCUCCCAGCUCAGAAAAUGGUUUCGGAGCUGCAGGAGCUGGCGCGGCAGGACCACAGUGCCCUGGACUGCUGCGUGGUGGUGAUCCUUUCCCACGGGUGUCAGACGAGCCAUAUUCAGUUUCCUGGAGGCGUUUACGGAACAGAUGGAAAAGCCAUUCCCGUAGAAAAGAUUGUGAACUAUUUCAAUGGGUCCCAUUGCCCGAGUUUGAGAGGAAAACCCAAACUCUUCUUCAUCCAGGCCUGUGGUGGAGAACAAAGAGAUCGAGGCUUUGUCGUGGAUGGUGAUUCACCCGGUGACGAAGCUCCUGGAGGUUCUUUAGAGUCAGACACGACUCCUUUUCAGACUCCAGCAGGUAAUGUGGACCAGCCGGAUGCUGUCGCCAGUUUGCCCACGCCCAGCGACAUCUUGGUCUCCUACUCAACUUUCCCAGGUUUUGUCUCCUGGAGGGACGCAUCGAGUGGCUCAUGGUACGUGGAGACGCUGGACAGCGUGCUGGAGCAAUAUGCCCGUUCCGAAGAUCUGCUGAACAUGUUACUACGGGUGGCAAACGCUGUCUCUGCCAAGGGGAGGUACAAGCAGAUCCCAGGAUGUUUCAACUUCCUCCGUAAAAAGUUCUUCUUCAGGUGCAAAUGACCUGCGUGCUCCAAGGUCCUGUAAAGAACCAGAGUUACUUCCCUGCGGCCGGAUGAAAUCUGCGCCCGUUGUGACUUGGCAUCGCUGUUGCCCGUGGCUUUUGUCUGUCAAGAUGUUUGUCUUGAGCAAUGUAAAGCUGUGAGAGCUGUCCUUGCUGGGAAACAUGGAUAAAAAAUGGGAAACGUUAGUGAUGGAGCAGGGAUAUAUGAGAGAAGCCCAUUUGCUGGGGCUCAUGCCAGCCCGGAGCGUCUGUUCUCAUGGCCGCAUUUGGCCUCCAAGUAAAACAUCCUGGUGAUCAUGGUGUUUGUGUCCUUUGCUGGCCCAGAUGGAUGGAAUCAAGGCCAAGUGCUUGAGUGGAGUGGUAUGAUUUUUUCAAUCAAUAUUUUUAAUUUUCAAUAAAAUGCAAUGAAAAAGGAAAAAAAAA